ACCAUAAAAACGAAUCGGAACGAUACCUGCACCUUAGUAGUUUGAUUUGCUGCGUCAAAUGUCAUGAACGGGGUGCAGUGGCGCCGCUCUGACAGUUGCUGCGGGUUUCUGUUUGUUACGUCAUCCUCCCAGAUGAGUCAGCGGCGGCACGGACAACAAGACGAGCAGGAAGCGGCACAUGGAAAAACAAGAGGACCAAAGCAAAGGCGCUGUCCGUCAUUUCGACGACGGGAAUGGACACGGAGGAGCAAGAAAACGAACUGGUGGCCUUGCAAAGUAUCUUCAGCUCAGAGGAGUUCGCUCGACAUGAAUCGAAGUCCUCCGGAGAACUUCGAGUUUCAGUGGAGCUGCCCUCGGGAUACGCGGUGACACUCGCUGAAGAUGACGCGUUGAAGCAAUGCAAGAUAUCAUUCCUUCCACCGCUGCGUCUCAACUUUGGACUCCCUGAGGAUUACCCCUCCCGCUCUCCGCCUUCCUUCAGUCUAUCUUGUAACUGGCUGACUCACAACCAGCUUGCGGCUCUGGGAGCUCACCUCACCGAUCUCUACCGAGCCACCGGAGGUGAUGUGGUGCUCUUCUCCUGGGUACAGUUCCUGAGAGAGGAUACUCUGGCAUUCCUGAACCUCAAUUCUGUGCUGGUGCUGCCCAAUGUGCCCAGCACCCCAUACAACAGCCAAGAAUCAAUCCAUGCUGCACUCUCAGAACGCAAAAGCAGUCAAACCGCACUGACUUCAGGAGCCGAAAAUGUCCAAACCUUUUUCCUUGAUGAUGAAAAACGUGUUAAAGGAGCUGGAGACAACGCGCCAGAAACCUUCGAAGAACGCGGACCCUUCUCCGGUCUCUCCUUGAAUCCUGCGCAACGUCUCCUCUCUGAGAUAUUGACCCACGAUGCGGCCCAGGGACAGAAAGUUUUUCAGAGCACAGUUUACGACUGCGCCGUGUGUUUCAUGAGCUACCUGGGUUCAGAAUGUGUACAGAUACAGGAGUGCGGUCACGUCUUCUGCCAGGCCUGUCUCGCUGAGUUUUGCAAGCUGCAGAUAAGAGAGGGAAAUGUCCUUGGUGUCACCUGUGCUCAGGCGGACUGCACGGCCUUACCCACACAAGCACAAGUGGAGAGUCUGGUAGGAGAGGAACUGUUCAGACGCUACGAUCGGCUUCUGUUGCAGCACUCCCUGGACUGUAUGCCAGAUGUGAUGUACUGUCCACGGCCCUCCUGUGCGUCGCCAGUCGUUCGGGAGGAGGCCAGCGGCGUGGCGCUCUGCUCCGUCUGCGGCUUUGCCUUUUGCGUUACCUGCAAAAAGACUUACCACGGAACAGACGACUGCAGGCCAAAGAGGUUGCUGAAGAGCCUGCAAAAAGAAGACUCGGAGCAAGGCAAUGCGGAGCUGCCCCAGUCCGUUGAGGGGAUGAAGGCUCUCUGGGACGACUUCGCCAGUGGCAGUAAGCAAAGGCGCCGCCUGCUGGUGAGCAGGUAUGGUCAAAAGGGGCUGUUUCAAAGUCUCGAGGACUGCCUGAGCCAGGGUUGGAUUGGGUCCAAUAGCAAGAACUGUCCACGCUGCUUCUGCAGGAUCGAGAAAAACUUCGGGUGCAACAUCAUGACAUGCUCGCAGUGCAGACAACAGUUCUGCUGGGUCUGCCUUGCCGUGCUUUCCUAUGAGAAAUCAUUGCAACACUUUCAGGACAGUUCGUGUUCUCGCUACUAGGAUAUGCGAUGACCACCAAGCCUCAGAUGGAACACAACUUUUUGGGUUUUCUCCGGGUACUCC